AUGGCUAAAAAAAAUGGGUCCAAGCUUCACAUAACCAUGUUUCCAUGGUUUGCCUUUGGUCACAUCACUCCAUUCCUCCAUCUGUCUAAUGAGCUAGCUCAAAGAGGCCACCGAGUCUCAUUUUUACUGCCGAAAAAGGCUCACCUUCAAUGGCAAAACACCAAUCUCCAUCCAAAUCUCAUCACCUUCCACACCCUCACAGUGCCUCAUGUCGACGGUCUCCCUCCCGGCACCGAGACCGCCUCCGAUAUACCCAUUUUCUUAACUGGUUUGCUAGCGAUUGCCCUGGACCUCACACGCGAUCAAGUUGAAGCGUAUCUACGCGAUCUGAAACCUGACUUUGUGUUCUAUGAUUUUGCUUAUUGGAUACCUGAAUUAGCUUCUCAGAUUGGGUUCAAAACUGUUUGCUACAACGUUGUUUCCGCUGCUUCUUUGGCAAUUGCAUUAGUUCCAGCACGUAAAUUUCCAAAGGACAAGCCACCUACGGACGCCGAACUGGUGGAGCCACCCCCGGGCUACCCUUCAUCAACGGUGGUGCUACGCCCACAUGAAGCUCGGUCACUGUCUUUCAUGGUCUUAGAAUUUGGCACUGGCACGACAUUCUAUGAGCGUGUCACAACCUCCAUGAAACAAUGUGAUGCAAUCUCAAUAAGAACCUGUCAAGAAAUAGAAGGACCAUUGUGUGACUACAUAGAAAGUCAGUACGACAAGCCUAUGUUUCUAACUGGACCUGUAUUGGCUGAACCACCGGAAACACCAUUGGAAGACCGGUGGGCUAAGUGGCUCGAUGGAUUCGAGCUAGGUUCAGUUCUCUUCUGUGCAUUUGGGAGCCAGUGGAUCCUUGAAAAGGACCAGUUUCAAGAACUUGUUUUAGGGUUUGAGUUAACAGGCUUACCAUUUUUGAUUGCCCUAAAACCACCAUCCGGGGCGGUGUCAAUAGAAGCAGCGUUGCCAGAGGGGUUCAAAGAGAGGGUUGAAGGUAGAGGAAUAGUACAUGGGGGAUGGGUUCAACAGCAAUUGAUAUUAAACCAUAAAUCAGUUGGGUGCUUUGUUACUCACUGUGGGUUUGGGUCAAUGUGGGAGGCUUUGAUGAGUGAGAGUCAGAUUGUGCUUGUACCUCACCUGGGUGACCAGAUUUUGAACACUAGAUUAAUGGCUGAUGAAUUGAAGGUUGCAGUGGAGGUAGAGAGAGAUGAGAAUGGAGGGUUUUCAAAGGAGGGUUUGUGCCAGGCUAUUAAGUUGGCAAUGGACAAAAAUGGUGAUCAAGUGGGUGCCUUGGUUAAGAAUAACCAUGCUAAGUGGAAGGAAACCCUAGUAAGACCAGGCUUUAUGAGUGAUUACAUUGAUAAGUUCAUUCUGAACCUGCAUGACCUUUAUGGGAAACAAUCAAACAAACAUGGUUGGCAACCUAACUAG